CUGCGGGGCUGGAGUCCGGGGAGCUUGGGUGCAUUUUUCUGUUGUUGCUUGUUGCGUGUUUUUGUGCCAGUCUAUACCGACCACCGGAUUUUUUCCCCCUGUGCCUUUAGGGCAGAUCCAGCGAGGUUUAUUCCCCGCCCGCCCGCCCGCCCACGUUGGAGAGGACCGACACGGGAGUGCGUUCCCACGGCUUGCUAAACCCAGCGGGGUUGGCUAAGUAGGUUGUGUGAAUCCGUUCCUCUUGGGUAAUCCUAAUUCUGGGAAGUUGGGGCCUUCUGAAGAAAUGGAAUUCCCAGACCUAGGACAACACUGCUGCGAGAAGAGCUGCAGGCGGCUGGAUUUUCUUCCUCUGAAAUGUGACGCCUGCGAGGAGCUUUUCUGCAAAGAUCACAUUAUCUACAGCCGACACAAGUGUUCUUCGGCGUAUAAGAAGGAUGUACAGGUUCCAGUCUGCCCUCUUUGCAACACUCCGGUCCCCGUCAGAAAGGGAGAGACGCCCGAUGUAGCUGUGGGGGCCCAUAUGGACCGGGAUUGUCAACAGGAUUCGGCCCAGCAGAAGCAGAAAAUCUUCACCAACCAAUGCUUCAAAGCGGGAUGCAGAAAGAAAGAGAUGAUGCGGCUGGUUUGUGAGCAGUGUCACCAGAACUUCUGUCUUCAUCAUCGACAUCCUUUGGACCACCAAUGCCCAGGACGGAUUUGGCCCAUCUCCAAAGCUGGGUGUGCAGCUAUAAUGAGGUCCCUGCAAGACAAGAAUAAUUCUCCCAACUAUCAGCUCCUACAAAAUGGAUGCAAAGCAAAAAGUUGAUUUCUGCAGUUGGGAUCUGAAUCUAUUUGAAGUCUGCAUAUAGCUGUCCAUCUUUAGCUUUUAAAAAUUAAUUGUACCCUUUUGCACAUUUUCUGAUUAAACGGAUUCUUUAUAUCGUCA